AUGUAUUCAGCUUUUCUCAUCCUGAUCAUCUUAACUGAUGUGACUUCCUGUCAGAAAGUGUGCAGUUACCAGGAUGUUCUGGACUAUCUGAACCUGACCACAGAUAACAGUGUGUUUAAACUGACGCGGCCUGUGCUGGACUACACACACCCCACCAAAGUAGAGCUGGACAUCAUCCUGUAUGCCAUCCUGGCUGUGAUAUGGAAUAAUGAACGCAUCUCAUGGGACCCUGAUCAGUUUUGUGGAAUUACUCAUAUCACAAUUCCUCGAGAAAUCCUCUGGAAACCAGAUGUCUUCAUUUAUGAGAUGAUACAGACGGACGACUCCCCUCAGAGUUAUUACAUCUCCGUAGCCUACGAUGGGACGAUCACUUCUGAAGACGACAUUAAGAUUGUCAGCACCUGUAAGAUGGAUGUCCACAAGUUCCCCUUCGACACACAGAAAUGUAACAUCACCAUUGGUUCUGCAAGUCACUGUGUAGAUGAGAUGCGACUUUCUCCUUUCUCCAACUCCUCCCGGGCCACGCAGUUUUCCCGUGAAGUGAUGAAAACACAGGGAGAGUGGGAAUUCCUCCAACUAUCCAUCUCCAAAGUCAAUAUGACCUUUGAAAAUAAACUGUGGGAAAACCUCAUAUACACUUUCAGCAUGAAGAGGAGGCCACUCCUCCACGUCAUUAACUUCCUGUUGCCCAUCUUAUUCUUCCUAACCCUGGAUCUUGCCUCCUUCUUCAUCGCUGACCAUCGAGGAGAGAAGCUGGGCUUCAAAGUCACCGUCCUGCUGGCAAUCUCCGUUCUGCUGCUCAUCCUGAACGACAUCCUGCCCUCCAUGUCCAACAAGACCCCACUCAUAGCAACAUACUGCAUUGUGAUUUUUGCCCUUAUGCUGCUCAGUCUGCUGGAGACGAUUUUGGUUACACAUCUGAUAGAAAAAGACUCCCAAGUCAAGCUCAAGGUGAAGAACGAACAUAAAAAAGCCAAAACUAAUAACAGCGAUGCAGAAGACAAAAGACAGACCUGCUGUUCCUGCAUCUGCAUAGUGUCCAGUGAUGAGCAACAGCAUGAGUUACUGCCUGUUGCUGAAGUGGUUAACAACAGUAAUCAUACAGGAGAGUAUCAUGUGCUGGUGCUGAUCCUGGAGGAGCUGAAGGAGCUGAAGAAAGCACUAAAUCUGCACCUCAGUGGCAGCGAAGAGGGAGGGAAGUACGUCCAGUGGGCAGCCAGAAUCAACAGGGUUUUCUUCAUUUUCUAUGCUGUCACCGUGUCGCUCUUUCUCUCUCUCAUGUACACUGAGUGGAACACUUAGAAAUGUAGAGUAAUUCCUAUUAAUACUACAGUUUCUGUACUGUAGAGUA